CUUGCAGCUGCACGUCAUCCUGACCCUGGUUUGCGCCGUGGCAACAGUUUGGCCGAAUCAUGCGCUUAACCAGCGGUUCAUUUAUGUAUUUUGCUGAUUAUGUCUCAAUUGAAUAGCUUGCACAAAGUAGCUGCUUGAAUGGUUGUUAUUUAUAGCGAGCACUCAUUUGUUCAAGACUGCCUCAUAGCGCAGACGUGGCUUUGGCUGACCGGAAAGGCAACAGAGCUCCAUUGCAGUACUAUGGACUAAGUAGAAGGUCAAGGGACACCGCGGGACAGCGAAAGGCCGGCCCUGGUCAGCCGCCGGCGAACGGUGGCCAAAGGACGCACGCACGGGAAGCACGCCACGAAUUCCAUACCACACGCCAAACGGAUUGCUGGGCACGACACGUUCACACCCUGCUCGUAUACUAGAUGAGCAUUUACUAUGGACUCAGCAGGUCCCCGCGCGCAUUAUGCCCAGACGGCACUGCAAGGGUGCUGCCGGGCGCGGGUCGCGUGCGUCCACAGUACUGCCGCGCCGCGCGGCCGCAAGCCUUGGCUUUCGACCGUGCCUUGCCCGCAAGCGCGCACAAGAUCAGCACCUCUCGCCUCUGGCAGAGCUGUGUGACACGCUGCCAGCAAAGAGCCACAGGCAUCGGCAUGGAUGGCGGCAGCACCAGCGACAGCAGCUACUCCGACGGCGGUCGUAGCCAACAGACCGCUGGCGAGGAGCGGCACGGCUCCGCCACUGCCGGCUGGGAGUCUGGCUGGGAUGCGCAGCUGGCGACUCACAGGGAGUGGCUGCUUGCGGGCGCAGGCUCUGGGCAACACGGGGGCACCGGGACCGGACAGAGCUCCGCCGCCGUCGGGCACGCAGCUGGCUACACUGCCAGCCAGCCACCGGCGCCUGGACCGGGCAUGACGCCAGGCGGCAUGUCAGCCACUGCGGCCGCGCUGCUUCCUGGACACGUGGCGGCUGCAGAGGUGGCGGCAGAGGCUGCGGCAGAGGCUGCGGCAGAGGCGGUGAGGGCGGUGAGGGCGGGGGCGCACGCACCCGCUUCCGGUGCGGCUGCAGCUGCUGGUGGUGGUGAUGGCGACGGACCGCCCGCGGCCCGGGCGCGUCCUGCAGCGGUGCGGCGCUCUGCAGUCAAGCCCAAGGCCCCACAGUAUGUGCCAAUUGUGCCGCUGGCGCAGGCCAGGGCAGCCGCGCAGCCGCCGGUGCAAGCGCGGUCGCCGUCGUCAACCAGCCUGGCCGCCGGCGCUACCAGCGUAAGCCGCGCCGCAGCAUCACUCCCUGAGGGCACUUCAGCGCCAACCGUCGCCGCUCGUCUCAGCUCAGAUUCAGAUGUGCAGUUGAGGGAAGCUGUAACCGCUCUGGCGGACGCUGUGAGUGACGCGGCGGCGUCACGGUCGGACGCGUGGACGGACGAGCAGGUGGCGGCGCUGCUACAGAGCGCGGCGCACCUGGCACACCGGUGCCCGGAGCUCCGAGAUCCUGCGGCAGCAACCCCACCUAGCAGUGCCGGAGCUGCUAGUGGUGUCGGCAGCAGCAGCAGCAGCAGUAGCACCGCAGCGGACGAAGCGGUGCGCAGGCAGCUGCGUUUCCGGCUGCAGCAGCUGCUGUUGCGGCUGGACGGCCUGCUGCCCGGCAGCGGGCAGGCAGCGGGCCCGAGCGGCCGCCGGGGUCGACGCUCCAGAGGGAUGCAGCAACAGCGGCCGCAGCAGCUGACGACGGCAGCGGCGUUCGCGGCAGCCUGGGCGGCGGCAACGCUCCGCUUGCGCCUGAGCCCUGACGGCGCGGUUCACAGGCGGCUUUUAGAUGCCUUCAAGAAGCGGCAGCAGCGUAGUAAGCAUGCGGGCGCGCAGGGCAACUCGGACGACCACGCAGGCGGCACUGCAGUCCGCAGUGAUGGGCUUAUCGAUGUUAAUGUGGAUGGAGACGCGCGGCAAGCGGCUCCGCAGAAAAGCGCGCAAAUGCAACCGGAGACCGCCGGAGGUGGCAGCGGGCGCGGCGGCAGCGGUGCCGUCAGCACGCUGGAACUGAACUGCAUGGCGGCUGGUGACUUGGCACGGAUGCUGUGGGCACUCGCGCGCCUGGAGGUCAGGGUGCCGUCGGUCUGGCUCGAUGGCAUUGUUCGGGUGCUGCUCGACGCGCCGGCUUGCACCAGGGAGCCGUUGCUUCCCUCGCUGCCCUCCCCGCACUCCUUGCCAGACUUGACUGCCCGCGCGUGGCAACGCGCCGAAUCUGCCGGCGCGUUGGGCGCCGCCGUCAGCACAGGCUCUGCCGCAGCCGCUUCAACCGCCCUGGGACUGCAAGCCCUGCCGGCGUCCGAGCUUAUGCGCGUGGCUUGGGCGGUGGUGCAGCUGAGUGCCAGCGCAACGCGUGGUGGCGUUGGCAGUGCGGACGCAGCCGGCGGCGGCGCCGACCAGGCCGCUGGCGGUGUGACGCGCAAGUGGGCGCAGGCGCUAUUCAGUGCGACGCAGACCCGCAUGCGGGAGUUCAGCCCAGACCAGCUCGUGGGUCUGCUGUGGGCAGUGGGGCGCGGCCGCCGCGAACCAAACGGCGCCUGGCGCAGGUCGGCGGCGCAGGCGCUGAGUAUCGCGGCGCCGCAGCUGGCGCCGUGGCAGCUGGCGCGUGUGACGGUGGCGCUGGCCGCACUGCGAGUCGCCCUGCCGUACGACCUGGUGGUGGCGCUGCUGGCCGCGCUGCACGACCGCCUGGACGCAGCCAGCGCCGCCGACGUGGCGGGCUUCGUGUGGGGGCUGCGCUUCGUGUCGGUGCCGUACAGCCGGACGCUGGCACGCAUGCAGAUGAGGCCGCUCCUGGACCUGGCCGCCGCCACGCAGCCGCAGCUGCAGGGGCUGCCGGCGGCCCAGCUGGUGCAGCUGGCGGACGGCUUCGCGCACCUUGGGCUGCUGCCGGGCGCGGAGUGGAUGAGGCUGCACAGGGAGGCGUGCAUCCGGCAGAAGUCACAGUUCUCGGAGGCGAACCGGCGGAAAGUCAGACAGGCGUACGCCAUAAUGUGGACGCUCUAGGUUGGGUGCUCGGCUAUGAGGGGCAUUGGCGGCGGCUGUGGGUGAGGCCAUUUCAGAGAUGUGCAUUGCAUAGGUGCAGCCGGCUCGCCGUGCUCCGUGCCGUGGCGAGGGCAUGCAAGGAAUGCUGGGCUGAUGAUGCUACCAAAGUUCAGUGCUGGCACUUCAGGGCAGACAUGUGGUCAAUAUGGUGACAGGUGAAUGGGGUCAGCCGCGUCGCCGGCGGCAUUGGGGGUUCAUGGCAUGGCGAGGUUUACACGGCACUCCUCUGCGUAGGUGCGUGCGUGCAGCAUUGAUGAUCGGCGGUGUUAUGUCGUACGGUGUUCACGAGAUCGGCAAGCACAGCAUUGGAAAGCACAGACACAGGUAUCUCUGGCUGUAUUUGUGAGCCUGAGAAAUGCGUAGAUGCGAAUGCGAGUGCAGGCGGCAGCGGACUGCCUCCCUGUCGCGUGCCUCGUGUCUCGGGAGCUGCGUCAGCAAGUCCUUCUUGUAACCAAUACACGCU